CGCUCGGUCCAGCCCGUCUCUGGUACCGUCUCCUCCGGCCCGGUUCCGUCUUUAUCCUGCGGUUCCGUCUAGUCUCGUGCAGGUCCAGUUUCCUCCAGCCCGGUUCCGUCUAGUCCAGUCUUUUAUCGUCCGGUACCGUUUACAUUCGUCCGGUUCCGUCCAGUCUCGUGCGGUACCGUCUCCUCCGGUCCGGUCCGGUCUUAUUCCGUCUAGUCUGGCCCAGUCUGGUCCAGUCUUCUUUUCUCCGGUACCGUCUAGUCUCGUCCGGUACCGUCUCCUCUGGCCAGGUCCAGUCUCGUCUCCUCCGGUUCCGUCCUUCUCUGGCCGCUCAACGGGACCGUUUAGACCCAGCUCGUGUCCCGGUACCGGACGGUUCGGAGGAUCCCGGAGAAGAAAAUUGGAUAAAACCAGAAAGUGUCCCGGCUCGGUUCUGCCUCAGAGGUUCGGUCAGAACCCGGACUACUGGAACCCCUGUUGCCCCGGUUCUGCUCGCCUCCCCCCGGUCCAGCAUGGCCUGGUCGGUUCUGGUUCUGCUGUCUCUAGUCUGGUCCCGGUUCACGGCGGGAGUCCCGGACGGAACCGACGCUCAAGUGAUCGACGUGUUGGGGCUCCAGGACUCCAAGCAGAGCGUGGCCGCCGUGGAGAAGCUGUCGGGCGGACUGAGCGCGCUCAGCGACAUCUACCUGGUCUCCACCUUCAGGCUGCCGCCCAAGAUGGGCGGAGUCCUGCUGGGCUUCUACAGCAAGCAGGACAACAGGAAGUACCUGGAGGUCGCCGUCAUCGGGAAGAUCAAUAAAGUCCUGGUCCGCUACGUGAGGGCCGACGGGAAGAUCCACACGGUGAACCUGCAGAACGCCAACCUGGCGGACGGACGCAGCCACUCCAUCAUCGUGCGUCUGGGCGGCCUGCAGCGCAGCAACAUGGCGGCGGAGCUUUACGCCGACUGCCGUCUGGCCGACUCCAGCCAGGGCCUCCCCCCGCUGGUGGCGCUGCCCCGGGAGGCCGACAUGGUGGAGAUCCGGCACGGACAGAAGUCCUACGCCCGGCUGCAGGGGGCGGUGGAGUCCCUCCGUCUGGUUCUGGGGGGCAGCGUCGUCAAAGCCGGAGCUCUGACCGACUGUCCGUUCCAAGGAGACUCGUCGGACUACAACUCAGUGAACGGGGAGAUCAACUCCAUCCUGGGUGAUCACACCAAGGCUCUGAUUGGACAGCUCAUUAUCUUCAACCAGAUCCUGGGAGAGCUGCGGCAGGACAUCAGGGAGCAGGUGAAGGAGAUGUCUCUGAUCAGAAACACCAUCCUGGAGUGUCAGGUCUGCGGGUUCCACGAGCCGCGCUCCCGCUGCUCCCCCAACCCGUGCUUCAAGGGCGUGUCCUGCGUGGAGAGCCUGCAGUUCCCAGGAUUCUCCUGCGGGCCGUGCCCCCCCGGGACCACGGGCAACGGGUCGCACUGCCGCGACGAGGACGAGUGCGAGCUGCAGCCCUGCUUCAGUCCGGACGCCUGCGUCAACACGGUGGGCGGGUUCAGCUGCAAGCCCUGCCCUCCGGGCCUGUGGGGGGCGCCGCUGGCCGGGACCGGGAUGGACUACGCCAAGAACCACAGACAGGAGUGCGUGGACAUCGACGAGUGCGUGGAUCUUCCAGACGCCUGCGUGUCAAACUCCGUCUGCAUCAACUCCGUGGGCUCGUACAAGUGCGGAGGCUGCAAACCGGGUUUCCACGGCAACCAGAGUUCGGGCUGCUUUCCCAGGAAGUCAUGUGAAGCGCUGACCUUUAACCCCUGCGACUCCAACGGCCACUGCGCCAUGGAGAGGAACGGAGAGGUCGCCUGCAGGUGCAACGUGGGCUGGGCCGGGAACGGCAACACCUGCGGGAAGGACACGGACAUCGACGGCUACCCGGACCGCGCGCUGCCCUGCAUGGACAACGACAAGCACUGCAAACAGGACAACUGCGUGUUCACCCCGAACUCGGGUCAGGAGGACGCCGACAACGACGGCAUCGGGGACCAGUGUGACGAGGACGCGGACGGAGACGGCAUCAAGAACGUGGAGGAUAACUGUCGUCUGGUCCCCAACAAAGACCAGCAGAACUCGGACAGCGACUCGUUCGGAGACGCCUGCGACAACUGUCCCACCGUCCCCAACAGCGACCAGGAGGACACGGACAACAACGGGCAGGGAGACGCCUGCGACCAGGACAUCGACGGGGACGGGAUUCCCAACGUUCUGGACAACUGUCCGAAGGUGCCGAACCCGAUGCAGACGGACAGAGACCGGGACGGGGUCGGAGACGCCUGCGACUCCUGUCCCGAGCUCAGCAACCCCAUGCAGACGGACGUGGACAACGACCUGGUGGGAGACGUCUGCGACACCAACCAGGACAUGGACGGAGACGGCCACCAGGACAGCAGGGACAACUGUCCCGACAUCGCCAACAGCUCCCAGCUGGACUCCGACAACGACGGUCUCGGAGACGACUGCGACCACGACGACGACAACGACGGCGUCCUGGACGACUACGACAACUGCAGACUGAUCGUCAACCCCUACCAGAAGGACUCUGACGCCAACGGCGUCGGAGACGUCUGCGAGAACGACUUCGACAACGACGCCGUUAUGGAUCUGGUGGACGUGUGUCCGGAGAGCGCCGAGGUCACGCUGACGGACUUCAGAGCCUUCCAGACGGUGAUCCUGGACCCCGAGGGCGACGCCCAGAUCGACCCCAGCUGGGUGGUGCUGAAUCAGGGCAUGGAGAUCGUCCAGACGAUGAACAGUGACCCUGGUUUAGCUGUGGGCUACACGGCCUUCAACGGCGUCGACUUCGAGGGAACGUUCCACGUCAACACGGUGACGGACGACGACUACGCCGGCUUCAUCUUCGGCUACCAGGACUCGUCCAGCUUCUACGUGGUGAUGUGGAAGCAGACGGAGCAGGCGUACUGGCAGUCCCUCCCCUUCCGGGCCACGGCGCAGCCCGCCCUGCAGCUCAAGGUGGUGAAGUCCCGGACCGGGCCGGGGGAGUUCCUGAGGAACGCCCUGUGGCACACGGGAGACACGCCCGGGGAGGUGCGUCUGCUCUGGAAGGACCCGCGCAACGUGGGCUGGAAGGACAAGACCUCGUACCGCUGGCAACUCAGCCACCGGCCGCAGGUGGGCUACAUCAGGGUGAAGCUGUUUGAGGGGGCCGUCCUGGUGGCCGACUCGGAGGUUCUCAUCGACACCACCAUGCGAGGCGGUCGGCUCGGCGUCUUCUGCUUCUCCCAGGAAAACAUCAUCUGGUCCAACCUGCGCUACAGAUGCAACGACACGGUGCCGGACGACUUCAAGACUCAUCGUAAACAGGUUCUGCUGCACUACCAGGUCUGAGCCCGUCAGACGGACUGAACACCAACACCAACCCGGAACCGCGUGGAUCCACCUUAACUGUAGUCCGAACGAGUGUUUGUGUGUAACCGGACCGAUGCUGACGAACGACACAAACGGGUCUGGGGGAAUCGCACCCGAACGCACCGCCAGUGUCUUCUGAUGCUUUUCAGAGAAUCAGAAACUAGAAAAUUAUAGUAAUAAAAGUAUGAAUGAAGCAUCCUUUUGAUGAGAGCUACAGUUAAAUCAUUUCACCAGGGCUGGGGAUCCAUUCAAAUGUCAAGAAUCGAUUCCGAUUCUUAAGAUUCAGAAUCGAUUAUCAAGAUUUGAUUCGAUCCGAUUGCGAUAUUGAUUUGGGUUAGUGUUAUUAAAACUGUUUUUUGGGCAUGAAUUAUAUGACUGAUAUGAACAGAUCCAGGGCAGCAAACAGAGACGAAUGAAAUCGCUUUUAUUUUUUCCCACAUUCCGUUUUAAUUUUUUCCAUUUUCGGUCUAUUUUGGUUUUUAAUUUUUGAGAAUUUGGUUUUUAGCAUUUUAUGCAAAUGUAACCCCAAGACAGUAUAUAAAGUAAUGAAAUAUAGACAAUUCAUGCAAUUAUAACUGAAAACUUUAAUGUUUUCUUACCUUUAAACAUAUUUAAAGGCAAAAACAUGGCAGUAGUUAUUCUUGUGUCCAACAAAACAUUACUUUUUUGGGCAUAACCAAAAAAAUACCAAAAGUAAAUACGAAAAAAAAUCUAUCUUUAGGCAUACAAAUCGAUUUUUACGAAUUAAUAUGAGAAUCGAUUUAGAAUCGGAAAAUCGAUUUUUUUCAACACAGGCCUACAUUUCACGUUAAUUAACCACCAAGGUCCCGACAAUCCAGGUCCAUCUAACAACCCAUUCACACGUCUAUUUGGUUCUUUAAAACAUCUACAAACAUAACCUACACAACUAUCAGUAAGCCCCGCCCCCUCGGCCACGCCCCCAAACACGGCUGUCGAGUAUUAGUUCCUCAGGGACCCGAACUCGGACUUCUGCAGUUUUUAGUUCCACAGAAAAACAUCGAUGUAUCCGAGGAACUUGCACCGCUGACUCCAAAGUUAGUGCUUUAAAUCGAACGUUAGGUUGCUAGUAGUUAACCAACGUGAAUGAACUAAUCUUCCCCUCCGGUGCAUGAAUCUGUAACCAUGACGAUGGUAAAAUGAGGCUUCUGUGAACCAACAUCAUCUAAAUUUACAUUUCCUACAUUUACCGCCAUGACACAUUUACGUUCCACUUCAAAUCCUUAACAUCUCUGACGGACGUCUCUGUGAAACUGUAAACUACUCCGUUGGCAACAGUAACUAAGGGGGGCGGGGCUUACUGAUUGAUGGAUGUGUAGGUUUCAUUCGUCUGUUUUUUGACUCAUGAAAGGAAGCGUUUCCAUCCCUCGCCGUUGGCGCCGCCUCCCUCUGGAAGAAAACACCUCAAGUUGGUCCUGAAAGCUUUUGAUGUGAAACUGAGGAAACCUUUUUCCAGUUUUUACUGUUUGUAUCAAACUUUCCUGAGAUUGUACAGCGGUGGUUCCGGUCCACUCCCAACCCACGUCCAUCAGAACACGACCAAAGACAGCAGGGACCAGUCCGGCUUUGUGUUUUUGCUGCUAGAUUUAGUCUUUUUAGUACGGAAGCGUGUUGCAUUCACUUGAGAAAAAAUAAAUCUGCUCUAUUUUUCUGAAUUAACGAUAUAAUUAUCUCAGAAUUCGGAGAAAGGUUUUAAGGAAAAAAAAUAAUUCUGCUCUGUUUUUCUGAAUUAAGGAGAUAAUUAUCUCAGAAUUCAGAAUCUCA